CGCUCAGCUCCCAGGGUUUGGUUCAGCCUUGAAAUGGAGAAUUUGUCUGAAACUGAUCAGCGCUGGUCAAUUUCAGACAGCUCCGCAGGGCUGCAAUAAAUCACGCUGGGAAAUAACACCCCCCUCCACAGCCCCCUCCAUCCAUCCACCCACCCACCAUCCCUUCCUCCCUCCCCUCUCUUCCCCUGAAACAGGCGAUCACCUCUGAUCCGCAGCCUUUUCCUUUCAAACCACUCAUUCCCGCCCCCCCCAAAAAAAAAGCCGGAGAAGAGACGCUUCCAUCUCCCCGCAGCCCUUGCUCGCUUUGCGUCGCAAGCCCCCUCCCCACCUAGGAGCCUGCCGCCUGGAAGCAGAGACCAGCCCCUCCACCCUCCUUCCCCAGGACGGAGAGACACAAAUCCAGCGCUAGAGGCAACGGCAAACAUCCCUGAUCUCCGGAGCUGCAGAUGUGGCGGAGCAGCCGACGGCCCAGACGCUGGGGGUGUUCCAGGGAAAGCAGCUCUUUCUUCUUCCAGGCGAGCUCCGCAUCUGCUUCGACUCCUGGGGCCCCGUGGAAACCUGUCCUCCCUGCUUCACCAGUUUGCAGUCUGCUGUGAAAAUUCCGGUACGAUCCUCCGACACCCUCCUCUAUCUCAACCCCCGUAGCAGGCAAGAGACACACAAAGCGGUGAGGAGCAGAGGCUUGUGUCGUCGUCCUCCCCCCGCCCCGGUAGAAAAGGUUACCUGGGCACCCUGCCUCUGCCCCCAGGCUGCAGGGGGAGCAGGCCCCAGAGGACGCCAUCUGCUCCCUGCCGGAGGACGCUGCUGGUGGCCACACCGGGCACCAUGCACUCCCUGGACGAGCCCCUCGACCUCAAGAUCAGCAUCUCCAAGCUGCGGGCGGCGCGGGAGAAGCGGACGCUGGGCAGCACCAAGCACCGGGCCUUGCACCGUGAGCUCAGAAGCCAGGAUGAUGGUGCCACGGCGAUGGGCCCCGGCUCGCCUGGCUCCCCGCUGGCCGGCCCCCUGCUGCCCUCCAAGUACCACGACAAACGGGACGCUCGCUUCUCCUCGACGCCCCUGCUGGACCUCAGCCUGUCGCCCCCGUCCGGCCCGGACUCCCCCGGUGGCAGCACCUCGCUGUCCCCUGAGCGGCAGGGCAGCGGGGACCUGCCCAUGGCCCCCACCCCCCAUGAUUUCCCAUCCCUGCGCUACAUCGACGGCCUCCCGAGCUCCUUCCAGUUCUUCUUGCCCCUGGGCUCAGGUGGUGCCCUGCACCUGCCAGCCUCGGCCUUCCUCACCCCCGCCAAGGAGAAGCGCCUCUCCCCAGAGCUGCCCCUGCCGCAGCAGCUGGUGUGUCGCUGGGCCAAGUGUAAACCAGCUCUUCGACCUGCUCAAGACCUGGUGGAUCACGUCAACGACUCCACGUCAAACCGUAGAAGGACGCUGGGUACUGCUGCCACUGGGAGGGCUGCGCGCGCCAUGGCGGGGCUUCAAUGCCAGGUACAAGAUGCUGAUCCACAUUCGCACCCAACCAAUGAGAAGCCUCAUCGCUGCCCAACCUGCAACAAGAGCUUCUCCAGGCUGGAAAACCUUAAAAUCCACAACCGCUCGCACACAGGCGAGAAACCCUACAUGUGCCCCUACGAGGGCUGCAGCAAGCGCUACUCCAACUCUAGCGACCGCUUCAAGCACACGCGCACCCACUAUGUGGAUAAGCCCUACUACUGCAAGAUGCCCGGCUGCCACAAGCGCUACACGGACCCCAGCUCACUGCGCAAGCACAUCAAGGCCCAUGGCCACUUUGUGUCCCAUGAGCAGCAGGAGCUGCUCAAACUCCAGCAGCCUCCCAAGACCCCCGUAGCCUCGGCGGAAGUGCCUUACGUCAACGGGGCGCAGCUCAUCAUCCCCAACCCGGCCGCCCUCUUUGGCGGGCAUGCGCUGCCUGGCCUGGGCACCUCUCUGCCCAUCCCCCUGGCCCCGGGCCCGCUGGACCUCAGCACCCUGGCCUGUGGCACCAUGGGCUCUGCCACGCUGCCAGGGCUGCCCAGCCCGUGCUGUCCCUCAAUGGGGCGCCACUCAACUUGGCCAAGAGCCCCUUGCUGGCAUCUCCCUUCGGGGCCAGUGGGCUGGGACUGCCAGUGGUGUCCCUGCUUGCUGGCAAGACGGACGUGGAGAAGUGCCAGGUGGGUGACACCAGGGUGGCCAAAGUGGCAAAGCUCAGGGCUCAAGAGCCGCAAAGAUUCGUGUGAUAGGACUGAGCGGGCCCGGCCAGGCAUGCUCCGGAGAGCCUGCCGGCUGCCUGGCACAGUGCUGGACCUGUCCACCGGCGUGAGCUCUAUGGGCAGCUCUGAGGCCUUGCCGCCUGGCUGGGUGGUGAUCCCCCCGGGCUCCGUCUUGCUGAAGCCGGCUGUGGUGAACUGAAUGAACGAAGCCCAGAUGCAAGACAAGGCACCACCUUGGCCCGAGUCUUGACGGGUGAAUCUGCCAGCAGGGUGGGGGGGACGGACCUCCCGCCCCUUCCCCUGCGACUGCCGCUUGGGUCUCGUUUGGACCCUUCACGAAAGAUGAGUUUGACUCUUCUGAGAAUAGCAAUAAUCCAUCCCAGCCUCGCGGCUGGCCCACACCACCGGCCCAGCACAGGCUGCUCCAGAGGCCUCUUCGUGGGACCCCCUUGAGACAGCUAACUGCCCCUCCCUGAGUCAGCCGCACCCAGGCAUCUCCUGCUGGCUCUCCAGGGUGCCAGUGCUGGCACAGGACACAGUAGGAGUGGGCUCGUGGCUCUGGCAGGCACCAGGGUCAGUUGUGGCAGCAGAGCAGGCGCUGGAGAGGGAUGAUUGCAGAGGGACCAGAGCCAGGCUGUGGCUCUGGGAGCAAUGGAGUGUGGAGCUGGAUUGGAGCCCUAGGGCCAGCCUGGUGUGCAUCAUCCUGUCUCUUUGGGGGCAACCUGCCCCAGGCCUAAGGCAGUGGGAGGCGCUGCUAUUUUAUUUAUCUCACCCAACCCCCUACUCUGACAGGUCCCGGGUUGGGCCCUUGUCCCUGGUGCUGACCAGGCGCCCCCUGCCUGAGGCCUGAGCCACGCAGCCAUCUGCAUUGGGGUCCCAACACCCAGCCCCAUGCCCACACCCCCAGUCAGUACCAGGUGAUCAGUCCUUGUGCCCUCUGCUGGCUGUGUGAAGUCCAGUAGCUCCGUGGGUGUGAGUGAUCCCAGAGGAAGGGCCCAUUGAUGCCCCCCAGCCUGCGGUUCCUGGGUGUGGUGGCCCCUGGCCACUGCAGCAGAGCUGCCCCCUUGGCACUAGCCACGCCCUCUGGCCAUCACACAUGGCCUGGCAGGGAGGACAGUGCCAGCAGAACCCACAAACAUAGUCAUGCCCCCCCCAAGCCCCAUGACGUGGGCAGCCCUGGGCACCUUCCUCUCUGGCUCAGGGUAAGCCCCCCACCCUAGGAUUGGCACUGCCAUGGCGUUGGGCUGGGGGGGGGCUCCCUCCACUCCAGCUUGAGUUCUCGCACACCGUGGGACGCUGGCUCGUUUCCAGGAGCUCCCACGUGAGGGUCUCUAGCACCUUGCUCACCCCAACACCUGCCACUGGCCCUCUCCCAUCACCCACAUCCCGUACCUGUGCCAGCCCAGCCUGCAGCACAGCCAGCACCCUUGGAGCCAAGCAGCAUUUUCCUGCCAUGCGGCGCUGACCUGGGAGCAGCCAGCCCAGCCAUGUGGGACCACCAGGAGCGACCGAAGUAGGGGUGUUCCCGUUGUCACCCCACCCGCCAGCUGACGGAGCUCCCACCAGCCAACAGGCCCUGCCCAGUCUGACCCUCUCCCCCCUCCAGAGCAGAUCAGCCGGGCCCCGAAUGCACCCAGCGCCCCCAGGCCCGUUGCCCAGUGGAGAGGCAGAGGUACUCACCCGCAGCUGGGCUUGCCCGGCAGAUGCCGGCGAGACAAGACCACGAUGAACUUCUGGACUGCAGCCCCAUCGCCCUUCAGCCCUGGGUUGACUGGACUGAGACAGACAGACGGACUUCCCCCCCCCCCCAGUCAUGUGGGGAGCCCUGC